AUGGCUGACAAUCGGAAACCGCCGAAGCUUCCCGUUGAAGGAAAGCGCAACAUCCUAAUCACUAGCGCUUUGCCUUACGUCAACAACGUGCCUCACCUCGGCAACAUCAUUGGAUGCGUGUUAAGUGCCGAUGUGUUUGCUCGCUAUUGUCGGAUUCGGGGUUAUAACACUAUUUACAUGUGCGGUACGGAUGAGUAUGGAACCGCGACAGAGACUAAAGCCAUGGAAGAAAACUGCUCUCCGAAGGAGAUUUGUGACAAAUACUAUGCUAUACAUAAGGAGGUGUAUAAUUGGUUCAACAUAAGUUUUGACGAAUUUGGGCGGACAUCCUGCCCUCAGCAAACUGAAGUUUGCCAAGAAAUUUUUAAAAAGAUAUUUGACAACAAGUGGCUCUCGGAAAACACAAUGCAGCAGCUUUAUUGCGACACUUGUGAAAGGUUUUUAGCUGAUAGGCUUGUGGAGGGAAACUGCCCAACUCCAGGGUGUGAGUAUGAUUCUGCUCGAGGAGACCAGUGUGAGAAGUGUGGAAAACUUCUAAAUCCAACGGAAUUAAAAAAUCCCAGAUGCAAGGUUUGUCAGAAAACUCCUCGGAUUCGGGAUACAGACCAUUUGUUUCUCGAACUCCCUUUAUUGAAGGAUAAAUUGGAAAAAUACAUCAGUGAGAUGUCUGUGGUUGGUGGAUGGAGUCAGAAUGCCAUCCAAACAACAAAUUCAUGGCUUAGAGAAGGACUAAAGCCACGCUGUAUUACAAGGGAUCUAAAGUGGGGGGUUCCCGUUCCACAUGAAAAAUACAAAGACAAGGUUUUCUAUGUAUGGUUUGAUGCACCAAUUGGAUAUGUCUCAAUCACUUCAUGCUACACUCGUGAUUGGGAGAAAUGGUGGAAAAACCCAGAGAAUGUUGAGCUGUAUCAGUUUAUGGGCAAGGACAAUGUACCAUUCCACACUGUGAUGUUUCCAUCUACUCUACUUGGAACUGGUGAAAAUUGGACUUUAAUGAAGACUAUUAGUGUUACCGAAUACUUGAAUUAUGAAUCUGGGAAGUUUUCCAAGAGCAAGGGUAUCGGGGUAUUUGGUAAUGAUGUAAAAGAUACUAAUAUUCCAGUUGAAGUAUGGAGAUAUUACUUGCUGACAAAUAGGCCUGAGGUAUCGGAUACAUUAUUUACAUGGCCUGAUUUGCAAGCUAAACUAAAUAGUGAAUUAUUGAAUAAUUUGGGCAACUUCAUCAACCGAGUUUUGAGUUUUAUUGCCAAACCUGCAGGUCAAGGAUAUGAUUCCAUUAUCCCCUCCAUUCCUGAUGAUGUAAGUGGUGACUCCCAUGAUCUAACGAAAAAAUUAGCUGAUAAAGUUGCUGCAUAUAUAGACCAAUACAUAGAAGCGAUGGAGAAGGUUAAACUAAAGCAAGGAUUGAGAACCGCAAUGAGCAUAUCUAGCGAGGGAAAUGCUUAUCUCCAGGAAGCUCAAUUCUGGAAACUUUACAAGGAAAACAAAUCUCACUGCUCCAUUGUCAUGAAAACUGCAGUGGGGAUUGUAUAUCUUCUUGCUUGUUUAUUAGAACCUUUUAUCCCAUCUUUCACCCACGAAGUAUUUAAUCAGUUAAAUUUGCCUGCGGAGAUACAUGUCUCACUUUGUGACGAUAAAGGAGAUGUUGAUAGGGUAAAAAUACCUUGGGAUAUCAUAAGUUCUGGUCAUAAGAUUGGAACACCCAAGCCAUUGUUCAAGGAGCUGAAAGAUGAAGAAGUGGAGUUCUACAGGAAUAAGUUCGCAGGAAGUCAAGCUGAUAGGAUUGUGCGAGCAGAGGUGGAAGCUGAAAAUGUUGCUGAGCAACUGAAGAAAACAAAAGUUUCAGGUGUUUUAUCCCGCUCUUCUAUUUCUAAUGAGUGUUCAAGGUUAAGAAGAAGGAAAUCAAAGUCAGAAGAUGAGGGGCAUGUGGAGUCUUUGAUGAAGAUGCAGAUGCCGGAUCUAAGUAUAUUGGAGCAUUGCACAUUGGAAAGUAGGGAUUUUGUCUAUGGCAAUGGAAAGAAAAAAUCAGCAAAAUCAUCAAACGAAGCCAAAAACAAAGCUGCCACUGAACCAGAUAUUACCAUCACAAGGCUUGAUAUCAGGGUUGGCCUGAUAACAAAAGCUCAAAAACAUCCUGAUGCAGAUGCGCUAUAUGUUGAAGAGAUUGACGUUGGUGAAGAACAGACCAGAACUGUUGUCAGUGGGCUUGUCAAAUAUAUACCACUUGAUGAAAUGCAGAACCGAAAGGUCUGUGUUCUUUGUAACCUAAAGCCACAAUCCAUGAGAGGCAUUAAAUCCCAAGCGAUGGUUCUUGCUGCUUCCAAUGAUGAUCAUUCCAAGGUUGAGUUGGUUGAGCCUCCCAGUUCUGCUACUGUUGGAGAAAGAGUUACAUUCCCAGGGUAUGAAGGUAAUCCGGAUGAACUCUUGAACCCAAAGAAGAAAGUUUGGGAAACAUUGCAAGUCGAUCUUCAUAGUAACGAGGAUCUGGUAGCAUGCUACAAAGAUGUUCCCCUCACCACAUCAGCUGGCGUUUGCAAGGUUUCAUCCAUACGCUGUGGAUCCAUUAAGUAG